UUGUAUAUCAGCGUCAAUACUUGUAUAUCAGCGUCAAUACUUGUAUAUCAGCGUCAAUACUUGUAUAUCAGCGUCAAUACUUGUAUAUCAGCGUCAAUACUUGUAUAUCAGCGUCAAUACUUGUAUAUCAGCGUCAAUACUUGUAUAUCAGCGUCAAUACUUGUAUAUCAGCGUCAAUACUUGUAUAUCAGCGUCAAUACUUGUAUAUCAGCGUCAGUACUUUGUAUAUCAGCGUCAAUACUUAUAUAUCAGCGUCAGCACUUUGUAUAUCAGCGUCAAUACUUUGUAUAUCAGCGUCAAUACUUUGUAUAUCAGCGUCAAUACUUAUAUAUCAGCGUCAUUAAGAACAUAGACCGCCCUGCUACAGCGCAUCCUCAGAGAACAGUACUCCUGAGCAGUAAGACCGGACCGCCAAAAGUAUAUAGUUUAAAGUUAUACAAUAAUGUUUUUCAAGGUUAAAAUCGAUGUGGUGGGUGUGGGGGUCCCACCCUUUGCCUCCCCCGCGCCACAAAGGAACGCACCUUAAUUCUUUAUUCUUUAUCCCUCGUUAUAAUGUCUUCGUGUCGUUCGUCAGCCGCGGGGACACCGACAGACAGCUUAUACUAGAACUUCGGUUCCAUUAAUUGUUACUUGAAGAUAAUUGUAUGAAUAUGGCUGUUCACAGUUACAUAGGAAAACAAAAAGAAAUUCCUCUAACCAGGAACCUAUCCUGCGCAUUAGCCUCUGCGCAACGCUUGCCGCGCUAGGCUGACUUCCACUUUCACUGCACCUACAAGUUUUUUGUUUCGCGAAAUUAAUUACACCUGUAAAUGACCACAACAUCCGUAUGUGUUUAAAUGAUGAAUUAGACCUUCACACUUACAACACGCUUGACGGAACACACCAAAAAGAAAAAGUCACAAUAUGUCGCUUAAAAUCCCGUUGGGCACCUGCCAGGUGGAGGCGACGCUGCCCACAGGUGGCUGCGACAGGUAGACAGUAAACAACACUACCUCGUCACUGGAUAUACUUCGCAUCUAAUUACUCCCCGAUGGUCGGGGCGAGCAGGAAGUCGUGAGUCGUCUCCACUAUGGCGUGUUCCCUGAAAAAUAUCGUCAACUGCGGCCUCGUUCUCGCUGUCUUCGACUUGCUGCACGGGCUGGCCACGACGGCGUUCUAUUCCUACCAGUUCGCAUCCCACUACAACUGUCAUUGGAACCAUGGCAUUCGCUGGUGCCAGUAUUAUCUUCACGAAACAAAUCACAGCCUGAGAGUUAACUUGGGUAUUGGUGAAGGUAUUGUGUGUCUCGUCGUCUCCUGUCUGUUGAUGGUCGCCUUGUGUAAGGUUCGCAAGCAAAGAAUCCCGACUAUGGAGACUGAUAUAUGAAUGGCGUAAGGCGGCCCAGCCUCCACUGCUGUCUGCUUCACUAGAGUGACUCUCCUUGGACUCUGUGACUCUGCUGACUGCAGAGUCCUCGCCAACACUCCAGGCAGACUCGCGGCCACUCCUGGCAACAUCUACACUGACAAGCAUCACCUGAUCUAAUGAGAAAAUUGGUGUGAAUGUUAAAAAAAACUAUUUUUAUAUUAAUUUUCCGCUAGACCAUAUAGCCUCCAAAAGACUUCAUAGAGAGUAAACAAAUUCUCUGCCUAUCGAGACGCCGUGUUGAGGGCUGCUAUGGCUUUACGGGCUUCACAUGGCUUGGUAUUUUGGGAGGAACCGAGGCUUCGAAUCCCGAGGUUUCGAGCCUGGAGUGUCAGUGGGCACCACAGAUGGCGAAACAUUAAUUUCUUUGCCACAACACUAUUAUAUGGACCACCCAUAUGUGGACUAUUAUGUACUGAUCCCUCUCUAAGCAGUACAGGAACCAUCAACUGUUUGGAGCUCACUGUAUAGUGACCAGUGUAUAGUGACCACUGUAUAGUGACCACUGUUAAUGGGCAACUAUGCUUCCCAUGUGGACUUCAAAUCAUUGGCAAAAUUGUCAAACUAUUUGAUUGGGAAUAAUUUUACUCUGUCAAUGUUUGAAGUUCACGUCCCUAUUAAUUAUGUAUUUGUCUUCGAUGUUAAGUGAUUCAGAGACGACUUUGUAUUUAAGUGAAGCCUGAAUGUUGUAAAUUAUAGAUGCUGAUCGCAGAAGUCUGUGAUCUCUCUUAUUGUUGUGAGGUUUUCACUAGCCAUUAUGUCACUUGUGAGGGAGAGUCAGCUGUAAGAGCCAGGUGUGAGGGAGUGUCAGCUGUAGGACAGUGUCAGAUGUAAAGAGAUGUCAUCUCUGAAGGUGUGUGAUGCAGAAUUUAGUUUUUUGUUGUAAAUAUUGCUUUUGUGACUAUUUUCCUGUGAAUGGCCACCCAGUGUGGUGCCACCAGUGUGGUGCCACACUGGCUCCUGACAUUCCUGUCGCCACACUCUGGCUCUACGGACCUUUGAGGCGGUAGAGGAGCCAUCACCAGGCGCGCGUGACCGCACAAGCACACAUGCUCACACAUGCACGCAUGAACGCACGCAUAAACAAGACCAUUAUACCAGGCACAAAUAAUCCCGCAUUGGUACACAAUGCACAUCCGUGCACGCAUAAACACGCACGUGUAUACAUGCACGCAUAAACACGCACGUGUAUACAUGCACGCAUAAACACGCACGUGUAUGCAUGCACGCAUAAACACGCACAUGUAUGCAUGCACGCAUAAACACGCACGUGUAUACAUGCACGCAUAAACACGCACGUGUAUGCAUGCACGCAAAAACAUGCGUCAGUGUAAGCACGAGUGUAAACAGUUUCGUACGCAUAUUUACGCAUGUACAUGGCCAAGCUUAUGUGAUUAUACAUUUAACUUUGAACUGCAUGGCACUCAUUGGUUCGUCUUCUUCCUGGCACUGCAUGACACCUGUAGUCCACCUGGCACUGUAUGACACCUGUAGUCCACCUGGCACUGUAUGACACCUAUAGUACACCUGGCACUGCAUGACACCCGUAGUCCACCUGGCACUGUAUGACACCUGUAGUCCACCUGGCACUGUAUGACACCUGUAGUCCACCUGGCACUGUAUGACACCUGUAGUCCACCUGGCACUGUAUGACACCUAUAGUACACCUGGCACUGCAUGACACCUGUAGUCCACCUGGCACUGUAUGACACCUGUAGUCCACCUGGCACUGUAUGACACCUGUAGUCCACCUGGCACUGUAUGACACCUGUAGUCCACCUGGCACUGUAUGACACCUGUAGUCCACCUGGCACUGUAUGACACC